CCAGCUUCUACCCCCUUUAGAUUCGAUCUGAUAAGGUAUGUUGUCGAUCAAGAUGGUCGCAAAUUCGCAAUAAUGAGUACUAUACUAGCCUACACUCACCAUGACGUGGAUUGAACAAGUAGGAUCGCUUAUCGGGAUGCUCUCUAUCGCGAAGAGGCAAAAAGGGCCCCAGCUGUAAGAUUACCGCCGUAAGAUUACAAUGUCCCACUAUCUUUGCCCCGGACCGGCCAGUCCAGCCGAGUCGUAUGACAAAACAGAACCCGCAAAAAAUACCCCCGGUGGAAAAUGUGCUCGAGCCGGAGAUCCAAUCCAACCUUAACAACUUGACAGCAAUUGCCACUACCUCGACUCCCAUCAAUUGACCCAUCUAUUUGUUUGUCCCUUCGGAACGCAUUCCCAUUCUCUCUCCUCUUUCACUCCACCCGCUUCUAAUUUCCUCUCCCCUGUUCUAUUUCCCCUCCCUCCCAACCACCGUCGAAAUGGCCUCUACCCCGCUUGCCAGCGCAAACGCCGCUGAUCCCUCCUCCCGCAAGGUCUUCACCAUCGGAACGCGCAAGUCCAAGCUCGCUCUGCUCCAAACCGAUCUGGUCCAGGCCGCCCUCAAGGCCAAAUGGCCCGAAUAUGAGUUCAAGAUCCACUCGCGUGAAACCGCCGGCGACCAGAACACCACCAUCGCGCUGCGCGACUUCACCACCAAGAACCUGUGGACUCAGGAAUUGGAGGAGCUGUUGAUGGCCGGUCAUGUGGACCUCAUCGUGCAUUCGCUCAAGGAUGUCCCCACUUUGCUGCCGCCCUCAUGCACGCUGGGCCCGAUGAUGGACCGGGAAGAUACGCGCGACGUCUUGGUCGUCAAGCAGGGAUUGCCGUACAAGAGCUUGGCCGACCUACCUGCCGGUUCCGUGGUGGGCACCUCCUCUAUCCGUCGCACUGCCCAGUUGGCGCGGCGGUACCCCCAUCUUAAGGUCACGGACGUUCGCGGAAACAUCGGCACUCGCUUGUCGAAGCUCGAUGCGGAGGAUAGCCCCUAUGCUUGUCUGAUUCUGGCGGCGGCCGGUCUGCUCCGUCUGGACCUGCAGGACCGCAUCACCGCCUAUUUGGACUCCCAGAAUGCCGGUAUGCUCUAUGCCGUCGGGCAGGGGGCUCUGGGUAUCGAGGUCCGCAAGGAUGAUCGGCUUGUGCUCGACAUGUUGACGGGCAUCGGUCACCAAGAGACGACUCUGGCCUGUCUGGCGGAGCGCAGCCUGCUGCGGACCCUGGAGGGUGGCUGCAGUGCCCCUCUAGGUGUCGAGUCGGAGUGGGUUCGCGAUGCCGAUGGCUCGUCCAAGUUGAGGAUGCGGUCGGUGGUGGUUAGCGUGAAUGGCAGUGAGAGCUCCGAGGUGGAAGUGGACGGGUCCGUAGAUACCCCUCAGGCUGCUGAGGAGUUUGGCGUCACGGUUGCCAAUGCGCUGGUGGCCAAGGGAGCUGGAAAGAUCCUCGAAGAGAUCCAGCGGAACAAGCAGGCCUCUCAAUGAUGUCUUGUACAAUACAAAGAUGUUGUGGUGGAGAUGCUGGUCCUCUCCUUCACCGAAGGCAUGAAGGAUAUGAAAAGACGGAUACCCAUACAAGGAAACGGCACGUUGCAGGUUUAGGAUAGAUUAUGACAUAACAACGCAAUUCAUAAGGCAUAUCUGCGUCGAUGGCAGAUCUAGCAAGGAAUAUAUGCA